AUCAGAUUGCUGACUGUAGCUGGCCAGAUGCUAGAGGUUGAGGUGGAGGAGAAGAAGAGAGAAAGAGAUGAAGCUCUGGCUGAGAGAGUCCCUCCUCUCAAACUUUCUGGCUUGUCUGUGGAGGAGCUCCAGGUACACACUGAUGCUCACACUGACAUUGUAUACAAAACUGUUAUGAGUGCAUUUAUAACGACAUAUGAGCCGUCCAUAAUGCAUUAUAAUGCACGACACAGUUUGAAAUUCCUUACAGAAAGUGUAACAAAAUAAAAUAAGAUAAAUUAGCUGUCUUUUGUUCUCUUGGCAGGAUUUGUGCAAAGAUCUGCACCAUAAGAUCAAUGUGGUAGAUGAGGAGCGAUAUGACGUGGGACUCAAAGUUACCAAAAAUGACAAGGAGGUAGGAUACCCCAAAAUAAUUUGUAGAAAACAAAUAAUUCCAGAGGGAAAUGACAAAAGAUAGUUUAAAUGUUUUAUAGAUUAUUGUAUAUAAGGUAUAGUGUGCAGCUAUGAUAUCAUAAAAUGAUUGCAAUAUUCCUCUAACACGUGAAUCACUUCUACUUCUAUCAGUCCAACCUGCACCUUUUUUGAACGCUUGGACCGUAUAUUUCAAGAUGACACUGUCAAAACACUGCCUCCCGGUGGUUAUGAGUUUAGAACAUACAUUUAGAGUGAAGGUCGGCAGGUAGCUUAGUGGGUAAGAGCGUUGUGCCAGUAACCGAAAGGUGGUUCUAAUCCCCGAGCCGACUAGGUGAAAAAUCUGUCGAUGUGCCCGUAAGCAAGGCACUUAAACCCUAAUUGCUCCUGUAAGUCGCUCUGGAUAAGAGCGUCUGCUAAAUGACUAAAAAUAAUAAUAAUAGGUCAGCCACAGUACAUACUAGUUACUGCACAACUGGGAGGACUAAGUGUGCAAAUUGGACUGAUAGAAAUAUAGGCCCUGGUCAAAGGUAGUACACUAUAAAGGGAAUAGGAUGCCAUUUAAGACAUAUAUAAUGUCAAUGAUCACAGUUAAUGUGAGAGCCUGUAUUGGAGCUGAAAGUUACUAAUCCUGCUUACUGUGAUACGUGGUCGUCUCUCUCUUAGCUACUCUACAGGAAAAAUACACUCAAAAACUAACUUUUGGUAUUUUUCUUAAUUAGUCCACUGUUAAUACAGUCCAAAAAAUGUUUUGCAUGUCAGCAGUCAAGUUUUCAAGAUAUUGGACUUUCAAGAAGCAAAGUGUCACUUCCCACAUCAUCAUGAUGAUAUGGCAAGUGACACAUCUUUAAAACUUGACUGAUGACAUGCAAAACAUUUUGAGACUGUAUCAACAGUGGACUAAUGAAAAAAAAAUACCACAAAAUAGUUUUUUGGGGUGGAUUUUUCCUUUAAGAUGAAUGCACUAAUAAGAGUCACUCUGGAUAAGAGCCUCUGCUAAAUGUCUAGAAUGUAAAUGUAAAAUGUCCUCUGUUCUUUGUGCUCUGCCAGAUCCAUGAGUUGGGACUAAAGAUCAUUGAGCUGCAGAGCAAGUUCAAGAAACCAAACCUGAGGAGGGUGAAGAUCUCAGCUGAAGCCAUGCUUAGUGUUCUGCUGGGCUCCAAGCAUAAGGAGACCAUCGACUUCAAGUCCAACCUCAAGACA